UGGCCGCGGCGGCGCGGGGCAUGCCGGGAGUCGUAGUUCAGCCGCGGCCUCGUCCCGCCCACGGCGCCGGGGCCGGCGCCCGCCGCCGCACUACCACUCCCAGCGUGCCCCGCGCCGCGCCGCGAGGAACCCAGUUGAAGCGGGUGGCGGCGGAGCGCACCCCCUCCCCCCGCCGAAAAUCCCCGAACCAAAACAAAAACAAACCGCCCCCCCCCCCCCCCAUCCCUCCCGCCCCCAGCGAGCCCCGGAAAUGGCGGCGCCGGGAGGGGGCUCCGCUGGCCGGGGGUGCUGAUCCGGCGCCGCGUCCCCCUCCCGUCCCUCCCCGCCCAUGGGCGAGACAUGGACUACGAGUUCAAGUCGAAGCUGGCGGCCGAGCGCGAGCGGGUGGAGGAUCUGUUCGAGUACGAGGGCUGCAAAGUGGGCAGAGGCACCUACGGGCACGUCUACAAGGCCCGCCGCAAGGACGGGUAAGGGCCGCGCGCCGCCAACCGCCGCCGGGGCCGCGCGCCGCCAACCGUCGGCCCCUCCGUACCGCCGUCCGCGCCCGCCCUCCCCCCACCCUCAGCCCGGAAAGUUUCCCGGCCCGGGCGGGCAGAAAAGAUGAAAAGGAAUAUGCACUGAAGCAAAUUGAAGGUACAGGGAUAUCCAUGUCGGCCUGUAGAGAGAUUGCACUUUUACGAGAGUUGAAGCACCCUAAUGUGAUUGCAUUACAGAAGGUUUUCCUUUCUCACAGUGACAGAAAGGUUUGGCUGCUGUUUGAUUAUGCUGAGCAUGACUUGUGGCAUAUUAUCAAGUUUCACCGUGCCUCAAAAGCAAAUAAAAAGCCCAUGCAAUUGCCAAGAUCUAUGGUUAAAUCACUGCUCUACCAGAUCCUUGAUGGAAUCCAUUACCUCCACGCGAACUGGGUGCUUCAUAGAGAUCUGAAACCAGCAAACAUCCUGGUAAUGGGUGAAGGUCCUGAAAGAGGAAGAGUCAAAAUAGCUGAUAUGGGCUUUGCCAGAUUGUUCAAUUCACCUUUGAAGCCGUUGGCAGACUUGGAUCCAGUUGUGGUGACAUUCUGGUACAGAGCUCCAGAGCUGCUACUUGGAGCCAGACAUUACACAAAGGCUAUUGAUAUUUGGGCAAUUGGCUGCAUAUUUGCUGAAUUAUUGACUUCGGAACCUAUAUUUCACUGUCGUCAGGAGGACAUCAAAACAAGUAAUCCUUUUCAUCACGAUCAGCUAGAUCGCAUUUUCAGUGUAAUGGGAUUCCCCGCAGAUAAAGAUUGGGAAGACAUAAGAAAGAUGCCAGAAUAUCCAACUCUUCAAAAAGAUUUCAGGAGAACAACAUAUGCCAAUAGUAGCCUCAUAAAAUACAUGGAGAAACACAAAGUCAAGCCUGACAGCAAAGUCUUUCUUUUGCUUCAGAAACUUCUUACUAUGGACCCUACAAAGAGAAUUACCUCAGAGCAGGCUUUGCAGGACCCUUACUUUCAAGAGGAUCCUCUGCCCACAUCAGAUGUAUUUGCUGGCUGUCAGAUUCCAUAUCCCAAACGAGAAUUCCUCAAUGAAGAUGAACCUGAAGAGAAAGGGGAUAAGAAUCAGCAGCAGCAGAACCAACAUCAGCAGCAAACAGCACCUCAGCAGCAGCCGCAGGCCGCGCCGCAGCAACCGCAGCAGCAGCAGCAGAACAGCACCCAAACCAACGGGACGGCCGGGGGCACGGGUGCGGGCGGAGGGGGCGCGGGUGGAGGACUCCAGCACAGCCAGGACUCCAGCCUCAACCAGGUGCCUCCAAACAAGAAACCACGCAUAGGGCCUUCAGGCGCUAACUCAGGCGGGCCUGUCAUGCCUUCAGAUUAUCAGCACUCCAGCUCACGCCUGAGUUACCAAAGCAACAUUCAGGGAUCUUCUCAGUCCCAGAGUACAAUGGGCUAUUCCACAUCAUCUCAGCAGAGCUCUCAGUAUCAUCAAUCUCACCAGUCUCACAGGUACUGAGAGGCUUAACAGACUGCACUGAAAAAGGAAUGGAUUAAAAGCCAGAAGACUCCAGCAAUAUGAAGUUCGUGUUGAUGAGAAGAACCAAAAAUACAAACUAUGAUGCAGAACUAAAAUUCACAAUUGCAAAAGGAAAACUUUACUUACUGAAGACCUUUUUUCCUGCCCCUUUAUUGCCAUAAAGGAGAUUCUCGUGAAGUUUUCCUUCCUCCCUGCCCUUGCAUGUGCUCCAUUGUGGUUACUCUAAUGAACCCUUCUGAUCUGAACCCAGCACUUAACUUCUUUAACCUUUGGAAUUUUGAAGGAUUCCUGGUGCACCUUCCUUUAUGCUGUAGUGAUUGCCAUAAAUCUGUCUUUUCAAUCUCUUUGUUGGGAUUUUAAAGUUUUAAAAUCUUGAACUCCCAGGCUUUCAAGCUUGUAUAUAGUUAGUUUUAUACUAGGCAAACCAGUUUAGCUAUACAGGUAUAUUGCACCUUUUUAAAGCACUAUGUUAUUUUCACAGGAUAUUACUGUUUUGCUCAUGGAUGUCAAGAACAGCAAAAUUUUACUGUUCCAGAGUAUUUUACUAUUCUGUUUUUAUUAGUCUAGUUUUCAGGCGAGGUCUUAAAAAGAAAAAGAAAAGAAAAAGAAAAAAAGAAAAAGGAAAAAAGAAAAAAAAUGACCCAAGUCUCUGCAGCAGCAAAUACGCUUCAUGCUACUGGACUGAACUCCAGACAGAAGAUUGCUGAUAUUAUUUAACUCAUUCACAUUGAAUUCUUGAAAUCACAGUGAUCGUGCUCUAACUAGUUUUAAAUUAAGUGUUGUCUUAAAUGAAACCAUGGCUGUCACACAAACAGGAGAUGCUUUCAGGAUUUGUUGGAACAGAAAAAUGGAAUGUCUUCCCAGGCUGGACACCAAAAUAGUCAAGAAAACGUAUUUACUGCCCUCAAGUUUCAGGAGGAAUGUGGAUGAUGGCUUGUUUUUCUGUUAAGCAGCUGAUUAAUGUAUGUGAGAGUUCUAUAAGCGUAGCUUCUCUUUCACAUUCCUGAGUAUGACAGAAAUCCUAAGACUUAUAAAAACAAAUACAUUUAGUCAAUUUAUGUUAGAUUGAUAAUUAAGAGAAAUUAUUGUGCAGUUUGAGAAGCAUGUUGGAAAUUCUUCCUUUUUCAUGUUUGAGAUGCAUAUUCUACGUCCCUCACAUUGCUGUGAUUAACCCAGAUUAGUUACACCAGAUGCGCUUGAUUGCACUGAAAUGUUUCUUUUUCCCUAGAGCAAACAUGUUUUGAUUGUGCCUAAGGACUGUAAGUGGAUGGGUAGCUGGCAGAAAAUCCCCAGUAAAUAAGCAGCUUUCAGAAGCAUGAUCAGAGAAUCAUUGUCCAACUUCAGCAACCGCAGUUAUUUGGAGAGAUGCAAUGUGUAAUUUGGGACAGCUUCGUUUUUCCUUCAGCCAUCAGAAAUAAGGCGGUCUUGUUGCAGAAAACCUGGAAAAACCAUUAAUGCCAUUAGAAAGCUGCCAGCAAUGUAACAUCAGCGAGCUUCUAAAGUCGGUAUCCAGAGAAGAGGUGUAGUCAGAAGAGAUUAUAUGUGAAUAGUCGAUGUUACAACCACUUGUACUGUGUUCUCUUCUGUAAAUAUUGCAGUACGUACCUGCACGCAUUCACAUUGAAGUUGUGCUCAUACCUAGGAAGACAUGUGGAUCUGUUUGCUCUGAGGAGAAUGAUUUUUAGCACAGCUAGACAGGAACUUGAUUUUAUUGGGUUAUUAAAGUUGACCCAGUCAACUUUAUUGUCCCCUUCCCUCUCAAAAAUGUGUUGUUUUCAUGCCUUUAGUGAGCAGUUGGCUUGUUUGGCCAUGUCCGUCAUCAUGUGGCUUUGACAUUUGAGAGGACCGAUGUCAAUUAUUUUAUUUCAGUGAACCUGGGGUUCCAUUCUUUCCCUAAGAGAAACAUGCCACCUCUUACUGAUGUUAGCAUGAAGGACCUUGAGCUAACGGAUAUUUGGCCAAUGCUGUAAAGUAUCCUUUUUUAAUAUAUAUUUGUGACUUGAAUUACACAUUUCUGGAAAUUAACCCGUGGAAAGGUAAUUGUUGUCUCCUCCCAUUUUCAGCCUUCAUAUCCUUUUCUCUCUUCCAUUACAAUCACCACCCAAUGUUUCUUUCCUCUGCUGUGACCUGUAGUUGAUUCCACAGUAGCAGGGAGGUGUGUUUUGUUUCUGUAGGGUUACGCUGGGCUCUUGUGCCAGCAAGGCAAAAUCGUGGUGUAGAUUAAACCGUGUAGAGUGUGAAACUUCACAGCAGUGUUAGGUCCUUCAGUUGAGUGUGCUUCCAGCUUCUAGAGCAGCUGCCAUGCCCUUUGCCCAAACUGAUCUGGUAUCUGUGUUUGCUGGCCCGGGCAGGUGGGCCAUGUCCCAGUCCCCUCCAGUUUUUGUGCAGAAGCAAAGAGCUGAGCUGACCUCUUCCAUCACCUUCAAAGUAACAACAAAAUGGAGAGUGAGUACAAGCACAGGUGUCUGCUGGAAAAUGCGCACUGUGAAUGCUCUGCUGGUUUCUUUGUCUUCUGUUUGGGAACUAAUUUGCCUUUUCUUGUGAGCUUGCAGUGCAUUUUUGGGGUGGCUGGCAGUCAUAGUGAAAGAAGCCUUGCUUUUCAGGGGUAAUUUCUUGAGGUUUGAAGAAAUGAACUGUGUAGUGUGUCAUGGGAAGCCAGGACCAUGUUAUUUUUCUAUUCAUUUUUGCCCGUGCAGUUUGGUUAGUACUUCCCAGCUUUGUCUUUGCCCAUAAGCUGUCUUCCCUCACCAAAGUGUUGCAUGUCGGUACCUAGGGAGGCGAGGGACGCCAGCUGAGAUGUUGGCUCCUUCCUGUGUGCGCGGCGGCAGAUUGGGCCGCUGAACACAGCUUUUCCCACUGGGGCUCAGAGGCAACAGCUGUGUUGGGAAUGGGAUAGCAGCCUGGUACACAUGGGUGAAGUUCACGUAGCACAGACUGCACAAUGAAGGAGAGACGUAGGGAGUGCUGAGAGUCCUGCACUGUAUCUGUGACACUGUAUCUGGGGAGGGGGAGGGAAGAGCGUCCCUAGCGGGAGGGAUGGCGGGAAGCUCGGAGUGUUCAAAUUGUAUAAUAUUUUAUAUAAACAUAAUAAGCUUAGUUCCUCUUCAUAACCUUCAGGAAUGGUACUUUAACACCAUUAAGCAAAGAAUUGUUUUAGGGUUAAAUAAAUGUAUUGUACAUAAGGCCAUACGUAAUCUUCUAAAAAAUGUCGCCGGACAGGAGCGAUGUGUAUUACUAUAUGAAAGUCCUUAAUGCACUGUUAUCUCCUAAAUAUUUAGUAGUAAAUUAAUACUAUUUAAUUUUUUUAAAAAUUUGUCUUGUGUAGACACUAAAAAGUAUUACACAAAAUGUGGACAGAACGUGUCCUUUUUAACAGCAAUUUAAAGAACUUUUUAUAUACGUAAGGUAGUAUACUUUUCCAAUUGUUCUAGUUGUAUUUUCCCAUGUUUACUAUUUGUGGAAGUGUGCCUGUCUCUACUCGGUUACCUUUUCCUAACAAUUUCAUGCACGCAUCUCUCAUUUCUGUAGCUUUCAUUAGCAAUGAUUGCGUAUGCGCCCCGUGCUGCCACUAAGCUUUGCCGCUUCCGAGCUGUGGUGGCCACGUUCAGCAGCGCCCAUGCCGAUGGGCUGGCAAAACCACACAGUGAAAUACUUUUCUCAUUCUAGAGUUAAGAGUUUACUGCUUUUAAGUUGUCCCGAUGUCACUCUUGAAAUGACUGUUAAAACUAAACUAUGAGUCCCUUGCAUUUAUUUUAUAUUCUUGGUUGUAAUGAAAUGAAAUUGACUUUGCUUCAGUGUGAAUUUUUUAAAUAAAAUAAUAUACAUUUGUAAUAAUAAUAAAAAGUUGAAAUCAA